AUGCUUAGAUCUAAAUUAUCAUCACUUCGAGAAUACCUUACUCCGAUAAAUCACAAUUCUAAUUUUCUUACUACUGGAGAAAUCAGUCCUGAGGAGUUUGUUCAAGCAGGUGACUAUCUCGUUUACAAGUUCCCCACAUGGCAGUGGGCCACAUGUCCCAAGAAUCUUCAGAAACUGUUUUUACCUCCUGAAAAGCAAGUUUUGGUGACAAAACAUGUACCUAGUCAUGUAAGGGCAUCAAAUUUUGAAGGAGAGCUAGAGGACGAAGAUGAAGAAGUAGUUAUAGGUGGUGACAAUGAUGAAGAUGGCAAGGACAAGAACGAGGAGGAGGAUGAAGAGUACGGCUGGAUCAGAUCAAACAAGAAUACCGGAAAAGCGAAUGAAAAGUGUCCUCAGUCUAAGGAAGAGAUCGGUGAUAUUGACGACUUGAUAGAUAAUGAUGCUGAGGAAGCCGACGAGUCCGAUCAUGAUUUCGACAAUUUGGACAUAGUGUAUGACUCGAACAAUAAGCUUAGGAAAUAUGACUUAUACAUCACUUACUCGACAUCGUAUCGUGUUCCCAAAGUGUACCUUGUUGGGUAUGACUCUAACGGGAUCCCCUUGUUACCGAAACAAAUGUACGAAGAUAUAAAUUCCGAUUACAAAGAUAAAACUGUCACCAUUGAGAAUCUUCCAGUAGCUUCCAACACUACAUCGAUAUCAAUUCAUCCUUGCAAACAUUCCUCGGUAAUGAAGGUGCUUAUGAGCCAUCAGCUGAAGAGAAAAAGCGACAAGGCAGUGGAAGAAGACUUACAGAAUUUGUCGAUUGAAAAUAUUGAGCCCGAGGCGGAAGGAAUUAGAGUUGACCAAUAUUUGGUAGUUUUUCUCAAAUUUAUCGCCAGUGUAACACCUGGUAUUGAAUAUGACUACACGAUGGAUGCUUUGUAA